AACCAGUCAUCACAGAAGACAUAACAACCCUCCUUGAAAGGGUUAUUUUGGGCCGUAUCCGGAGUAAAGCCUUUGAUGAUGUAGAACGUAAAGUGAAGGUUGCAGCUGAUCCCUUUGAGUUCAAGAAAAAGCUUCUUCUGGACCAGGAGAAGUCCAAGCAAAGUCUUGCUGAAAUUUACGAGCAGGAAUACAUAAAACAAAACGAAGGGAGCAGCAAGAAGGAUGAGGAGGAAACCCAAGAACACAAGGAGAUCCGAGAGAGAAUGGACAAUCUCUUUUCUCAGCUGGACAUGCUGGCAAACUUCCACUACAUGCCCAAGCAGGUUCAACCCGAGGUGAAGAUCAAGAGCAACUUACCAGCCAUUAGCAUUGAGGAAGCAACGCCUCUCGCCAUGAGUGAUGCAUCAACUUUGGCUCCUCAGGAAAUCAUGGCUCCAGUCCAAGGGGAACUGAAAGGAAAGGAUGAACGGACUGCAACAGACAAGAAACGCGAACGACGCAAAAAGAAGCAGCACCAAAAAAGCAGGGCCGUUGUGCAGGAGAAGAAGCUGAAGGAGAAGCUGAAGAAGACUGGGCCGGAUGGGAAACUCAAUGCCUCCUCAAUGCUGAAGGUGGUUGAGAAGGCAGUCAAGGCCGGACAUGUGAAAAUGCUUGAUGGGCAACAAAAUAAGACGAUGAAGACCUCAGAGGCAUUCUUCAAACAAUUACAAGAUAAUGUGUCCGGUGGUAAUAAACCUACAAGCAAGAAAAAGAAGAAAACUGAUCAUGGGUUAUCUGCUUCUAAGAUAUUAUUAUAGGUUGUUAAUGAAUACUAAAGAACUUGUUUAUACUGAUAUAAUAAAGGUUGAUUUGAUUUUUUAAAA